AUGGAUGAACCUAAGCCGUCUACAAGUUACGAAGGAUUCGACAAUGUACUACCAAAUGCGAAAGAUAUUGUUAAACGCCUAUUUGAUGCAUUGGAUAUAGUCCAGAAACCGUUGCAAAGAAUGGCUGAGUUGGAUGUCACCUAUCAAGCGGUCAUGCGAGAGGUAGAGAGAAUUCAAGAUACUUUAAAUGAAGGAGUGACAGAAAUGAAUCGUGAACAAAUUGAUGAAUUGUUCGAUACCUUGGAAAACGAACUACGUAUGGCACAACACCUAGCAUUUUGGAAGUCAGGCGUAAUGUUUGACGUGGAUACGAAGUUGCAGAAUUUAAUUGGUCGACAAAGUGACCCACAGCAAAGCAGGCAGCAGAUAACCAAAUCGAAAGGACCUCGAUCGAAACGUCAGGCUCCAAUUACAAAAGAAAAUAUACGUCGGAUCGAAAGGGACACACGAUCGCAAUCUGUCAUAAAAGGAAAAACAAAAGAUUCUCCGUCUCCACCGAUAGCAUCAGAUCAGUAUUUAUCGGGACGUCGGAAGAAAAUAAAAGUACCGGAAAUGAGCGAAGGACGUUCGAUACAAAAGAAACGUGGUGCAGGAAGACCGCGUUUGCCGAGGAAACCCCGUCAAGUAACUUCUGUUGUAACGGAAACAGUAGAGGGCGAAAAUGUUCUCGAUACCUUGUAUUGUUUAUGUCGGCAAGUUUCUUAUGGUGAUAUGAUCCUUUGUGAGAAUAAAAAAUGUAACGAAUGGUAUCAUUUCCCAUGCGUCCAACUGAGGCAAAAGCCGAAAGGUAAAUGGUAUUGCCCACAUUGUCGUGGAGAUCGAUGCGAUGUAAUAAAUCCUGAUUUGAUAGACUGA